GAAAGUUCUAGAACCGUGUCGCAUGUUUUUUUGAUAUCGCAGUCGAGAUCAUUUUCGUGUGAUAACGUCGGUGACUUUUUUCGGCAGGCUCUGGUGCUAUUCGAAUAUGUCGCAACCAUUAUGCACGUCAUACAGUUUCCGUGGUCUGGGCACAAGAUAGAGCCACUACAUUGAUAUUGGAUUAUUAUUUGGCUUUUCUAUAUUGUUGAUGACUCAGAUACAGUGAGCAAAAUGGUGUUCAAACUUUCAUUGCCAUCAAGAACAGUGGUUUCAGCAAAAAGCUUUCACUACCAAAUCAGCUUUCAUAAUCAAGAUCCGAUAUUACGAAAAUCAAAUCGUAGGCACAAUUUCUGCCGCAAUUUUGGGUAUAUAACGUUAUUUGGUCUGUAUUGCCAGUACAUUUAUAUAUGAGACAGCGUCAAACAAAAGAAUGCUAAUCAACCUAGGUACGAAUCGCGAUUUAGGCAUCUCUACGUGAAGAGGGGGAUCUCUUCUUUCUUUUGAGACCCCGCACGGCUUCCAGGAGUUGAUAGAUAUCAAGAUGUGAGCUCUCGAAAAAAAUAUCUCCCUUCCCAGACCAAAAACUCGAAAAACUUUUUUUGGUUGUCUAGGGGUAAAAUUAGCGUGCGGUUUCAGUGGUGCUAUCUGUUUCUCUUGGUUUGUAGCAGAAGAUGCUUAAAAACUAGUUUUAAGGUAGAGUUUCAGAUUAAUGACACAUCGAUCGAAUAAGCAUCAUUUUGAUUACCU